AUGGCUUUUAAUGGGAGCAGAGAGCUUCUCCCCGGACGGUCGGCUCCACUGGCUAUCGUCUCUGCUUCAGACCAAGGUGGUGUUGUGGUGCUAGCAGCGGCGCUAGGCCUGGCGCUUGCUCUCGUCUCAAUCCUCAUCCGUGUUUCCAUCUCAAGAGGAAUUCGAUCGGCAGCCGACUUUGCCGCCGCGACCGCCAUGGUGUUCUCGGUUCUGCAAGCAAGCGCGGUCUUUUUCUCCGUCUCCCACGGAUUCGGCAAAGCCAUCGACGACAUCCCCUUCAGCUCCUGGGUGCAGGCGGAGAUGGCAAUCUACAUCAGCGAGAUUCUAUACCUCGUCACCCUCUGGACGACCAAGUGCUCGGUGGCGCUGUUGUUUACCCUGCUAUCACCUGACAGAGGUCACAAGAUAGCUUCAAACGCCAUCCUGGCCGUAUCCACGCUGUUCAUGAUAAUCUCGGUCCUGAUGGUUGCGGUUCGCUGCGAUAUUGCCCACCCGUACCUGGUUUCGCGGCAGGCAUGUCCUAACUUGUUCUCUCGCUGGCAAGCCAUUGCAGGCAUGGACAUCACCACCGAGAUAUGCCUCUUCUCAAUCUCCACCUCCAUGAUCAGCAGCCUGCGGCUCUCCCUCAAAAAGAAGGCGAUGGUCGAUUUCGCCUUUGGGUUGCGCCUCCUGAUCAUCGUCCCCGCGAUACUCCACCUCGUCAGCAUCCCGGCCGCCCUCAACUCCCCGGACUCAAAUACCAAGGGCGUCUUGACCGUCACCUACAUGCAGAUCGAGCUCAGCGGCGCCAUCAUCGCAGCCACCGCGCCCUGCCUGCGCCCGUUCACGAGAGCCUUGCGUGCGCAUCACAGGGCGCCUGCAUCGGCGCGGAAGUCGAGCCCGGGUAACAGCGGCUGCGGGAUGCGCACCUGGUUGCCUCCGGAUCCGGAUCGGGGCAAACGCGCGAGGGGGGAUCCACGUCGGCUGACUCCCUCAGAGAGACGAGGCCGGGAGGGAAGCAGUUGGAUGCAGUGCCCGGCCACGCGGUGGGAUCACACGGAGCAUCAUGCCGUUGUGGUCGCCGGACACGAACGCGGCUGCCGCGCGGCGCCGCGCUCGGAAUGUGGCCGGAUGGUUAUCGAGAAGGAGAGUCGGUGGGCGGUUGACUUUGAGACGAGUGAGAUGGGGGGUGCGGAGAAAGAUGAUGGCCGGGAUAGGCGGCUAGCAAAACACACGCGGGAUGACCAGCAACCUGGGGAUCCAGAGAGACAGAGACUAGGAAGCCCUCUCCCUCUCGAGAAGACUUGUAUUUGCGUUAAAAAAAAAGGUCGAGGUUCCAAGACCGUGAUGACCGACUCAUCCGUCAUCCCAUCACCAGCUACUCGGUUGGAUACGGCGUGCGCUUGGAAAUGCGGAGGUGGUUCUGCGGGAUAUAGUGGAGAGUUUUGCGAAGGAGAAGCAGAAUGGAUUGUUUCAGUGCCGGGCCCAGACUUUGGUGUGGUGACGGGAGGUCUGCCCACGUCGAUAGUUAAGCGAGCGGAGGCACGUCUACCGGUACGUCUACCGACGUUGAACGCUUGGACCGCGGGGCAGGAUAUUGGUGCUCGUCAAGAGAAAUUCAAAAACAGGACCCCUCCGCAAGCAGGAGCCCACCCGUGUGCGAGGCGACGAAAAAGUCUAUAUACUACUUUCUUGGUGCCAGUCCAGGAGGAAGUCAAGACGUCUGCCGUGAUCGAGAUGGAUGCUUCCUUCCACGAACUCUCUAGGGUCCCGUGUUCGGUACUGCUACGCACCGCUCCCGUACCGUACCGUACCGUACCGUACAUGCAGAGGAUUUCGAGGUGUACGUACGGACACCCAGCCCGUCGCUCCUUCCUGCCAACCCCCCAAACUCGUCAGCAGUCACGUACUGACGACGUACUACGUACUUACCGACUACUACUUAUCGAAGCGUCAGCCCAGCUCCAGCGCCCGAAUGCGGGGUUCCCGCGCUGCAAUCCGCAAGCAGCUAGCCUACCCGCCAAGCGAGCGUCGAGCCAGGAUCCCCCGCGGCGGGCAGAUCUGAAGAUGAACGACUUCUCGCCUGCAUCGCCUGCAUCGCCAGAUCCCCGUUGCUCCAAGCUGCAAGCACGAGAUGCUAGGGGGGAGAUGGCGUGGCAUGGAAUAGCGUGUCAGCAUAUGCCUGUACAUCUUCGCCAAGGAGACAGACGAGGACGCUUGAUUGGUGCCGCAUCACUUGGGGACCUGGGCAUAUGUACUAAGCACGAGCUGAGCGUAAGAGACGAAGACAACAAUAGAUCAAGGAAAAAGCCUAAACGGAAGGUACAAACAAGGGAGUCUAGUCUGAGUAGUCUCACUUCCCUAGCCUGCAGGCGGGGGACCAACGACCUUAUAUUCCUUCUUCCCCUCCCACCCCGUUCCAUCCUUCCCUCCAUCCAUCCCAUUCAAGUUCAACCUCCCCCUCCAUCUCCAACAACUCCCCCUCCCCCUCUCUCGUCCACGCUCAACAAUUUGCAAGCACGACAACCUGCAUCCAUCGCUGACCCCGUCCGUAUCUUGAUCCUUGACCCUCGACCCUCGAUCCUCGACCCGGACCCAGUCUUCAUUCAUCAUGCAACUCAAGCACCUCCUGCCCGGCGCGCUCGCAGCCCUCUCCUCGCUACGCAGCCCAACCUCGUGAACACUCUCGGCUCCGCACAAAACAUCACCAUUCUCGCGCCCAGCAACGACGCCCUCGACGCUUUCUUGAAAUCCCCGGAGGGAGCUUCCGCUGCGGCCAGGCCUGAUCUUGUCGGCGCCUUGCUCACCUACCACGUCCUGAAUGGCACCUACAAGGCUUCGGCGUUCACGAACACGCCUCAGUUCUUGCCGACGCUGCUAACGAACUCGAGCUUUGCGAAUGUGACGGGCGGACAGGUCGUCGACGCGAGGUUGAGAGGGAUUACUGCGAGUAUCUUUUCGGGGCUCUUAUCAGAUAGCAAUGUCACCACGGCUGACGUCGAAUUCGACGGCGGCGUCAUCCACGUCAUCAAUGGCCUCCUCACCAUCCCCCUCCCCGCCUCCGAAACCGCCACCACGCUGGAGCUGACCUCUCUCGCCGCUGCCCUUACCGCCACCAACCUCGUCUCGACCGUCGACAGCCUCUCCGACGUCACGAUCUUUGCGCCCUCCAACGAGGCAUUUUCCGCCGUAUCCGGCAACCUGUCCACCGACGUCGUCUCGUCAAUCCUGACGUACCACGUUGUGCAAGGCACCGUCGGCUACAGCAGCCUCCUCAGCAACACCACCCUUCCGACUGUCAACGGCGCCAACCUGACCAUCACGGUCGUCGACGGUGCCGUGUUCGUCAACUCGGCGAGAGUUACCAUUUCCGACGUGCUGAUUGCCGGUGGCGUGGUGCACGUCAUUGACAGCGUCCUGAACCCCAACAACACCAGCGUCGAUUUGUCGUCGGCCCCGUCUCCGACCAACCCCCCGGCCACGGUCACCGGAGGCGCCGGCUCGAUGCAGGCGGGCGCUCUCGGCAUGGGGCUCCUGUUCGGCGCCGCCGCUGCUGUGGCCUUGAUGGGAAACUUGUAG